CCCACAUCCCAUUGUGCACAUUCUCGAGCAUUCCGCCAUGUCGGAGUCUUCCGAAGCUCGAUUGAGCACAGAGCUAGAGCUCCUGCAAGCAAUGUACCCUGAUCAGAUCGAUUACAACCCAAAAAGUCGAGAACUGAAGUUCAUUGAUAAUUCAGCCCUACUCCACCUCCGCAUCCCUGAACACUAUCCAGAAACCGCACUGCCAGAUGUACUCUCUGCAAGCGACCGCUCGAAGAACGACUUGCGCGAUCGCAUGCAAGCCGCGAUCCGGCAUUUGGGUAUAGCAAAAGGCGACGAAGCUCUCGACGCCAUUCUGGGAUGCUUCCAGGCCAUGACUGCUUCCACUAACAACAGCAAUGACUUACAGGGUGAUACAGACGGUCCUCUCGCCCAUGCUGCAUGUACUCGGGAACCCAGCAAGACCGUCAUCAUCUGGCUGCACCAUUUGCUUGCGCUGGGCAAACGGAAACUCGCCGUCUCGCCGUCGUCGCCCUUGUCCGGCAUCACGAAACCGGGCUACCCGGGCAUCUUAGUCUUUACGGGAGCUGCGUCAGCAGUAGAUGAGCAUGUGGAUGUUUUGAAAGCACAGAAUUGGCAGGCUUUCCAGGUGCGGUUUGAGGAGCCCGUACGCUGGGAUUUUGGACAUGGAGGAGUGGUAGAGGUUGAGACGAUGGCGGAGGUGGUGAAGCUCAUUGAUGUUGGUCCAAAGGGUUCUCGGAGGAAGGAAGAAUUCCUGAGAGCUGCGGGGAUAAAAUGACUGGAAACGGGGUCAUCGUGUGCUCACUGUUUCGACCACAGACGUUUGCAUGCGGCCAAGCAUAAUGUUCGAGGUUCGGACGGAGCCCUACUCGCUUGAUAUGGAUUCUAAGGGCACCGAAGUACCAUUGUAGUUGGGUUUUGGAAUGGGAGCAUUGCUUAGAUGUCUACUUUCGAGUUUUUCGCGCUACGCCUGUUGCUCACAAUGGUUCUGCACUGAGAGUGGUCCAUGGAAUCUAUA